AGCAGCAGCAACAGUCGCGGUCACGGCUCUAACACCUGACCGAGUUGCCGCCGUCCGUCACUCGUGGUUUGAACUCGACUCGACUCAACCGAAAUUUCCACUCAACGGGAAUUGAGUGUGUUUCAGAGUUCCCAAAACGUUCCACGCGUGGCAAAGAUAAAAUACGAACCUGGCUACGUUGCAACAUGUUCGAUAUUGCGAAGACCGUUUAAUAUCCGAUGGAUACAACAAAUGUAUCUGCAGUGAGUGGCAAGCGAGGCAGCGGCUCGAACUCGCAACUUGUUCUGUUCACUGUGAAGCGUCGAGGCGUGCGGUACUGAAAGCCGGACAAUAAUACACCGAAAUAUAUCCGACGACGACGUCUACGAAUAAAUAUAACAACACACAAUAAUAAUAACAACAUUUUUUGUCUGCUAACCGGUUCGCGGAGUUCACAACAAACAACUAAAUAACAACUUAAGAGAAUUUUGUGGGCCUAAAGAAAAGUUAAAACGUAAUCCUCGAAAUUUCCUCGAAAUUAUUUUGUGAUCUAUGUGAUCUCUCUCUCUGUUGAAGUGUAGUGAGUGAAUCGGUGUCGGUGUUGCCAAAAUAUACCCAAAAAAUAAAUAAGAGAAGAAAAUUCACGUUAAUUGAGCUGUAAGUGCUGAUUUGUAAUACAAAUUUGCAACGCUUGCAAGUGAGUUGGAGUCGAGUCGAAGCCGAGGCAAGGCGAGGCCGCAUAAACAAAUCUGGCUGCGCGUCUUGGUUCACUGAUUUAAUGCCACAAACAGAUUGCAGAUUGCUAGCUGUAUUGCUGUAACCAACCAACACCGUCAUCUCCGUCGUCUCCUGUUCUCCUCCUUCCUGCCUGCCUGCCUCCGUGCUUGCAACCUGCUUCCAAGCUUGUUGUAAGCUUGUUUCUGCGGAAGAGUCAGAGCGCCACAGAGCGCGAGGAGAUCCGGCAACAAAAACAACAACAAAAAACACAGAACCCAGCCAAAUACGUGUAUAAGAAACGACGACCAAACAUUUUGCCAUUGAGCAAAAGAAUUUCUUUAAAACAACAACAACAACAACAACAUCAAGAAGAAGCAAACAGCGCUCAGCAAAAGAUUUACAACGCGAAGCCAAGCAAAAAGUGUAAAAAAAGAGCCAAGCAAAAAAAAAAAGUGAAGAGAAAAAAAAUUAGCGCAUACUGCAAGUGCAUCGGUGUGUGUGAGAGUGCACAGGUGUAAGUGUGUGUGUGAGUGUAUAUAUGUAGGUGUGUGUGUGUAGAAAAAAAGUUGUUUAACUAACCAAACGAAAAAAGUUUGAAAAGUGUCAAGCAAAGCGGCGCGCGGCCAAUAACCCAGCGACAACCAACAACCAACAACUACAGCAACCACUUAGAACAGCAACAACAAUUGCUGAGGCAGCUACAGCAACAACAACAAUCGUAGUGCAUGCAAUGGCGACCCCCUGAAACGGGCUAGCCUGCGGUUUAAUUACCGUUAUCCUUGCUUGCAAUUUGCAACUGGCAGCAAACUAAACGGCACUCAAGUCUGGGAUUACAUUUGACGCCGCGUGUGAAAGCAAAAGGACAACAACAGUAUUGGGAAGGAGACAAUUCAAGGCAGUUGCCACAUUCCAAUUGGCCACAACAAGCGGCUAAUUGGCAACAACUGCAACAUCAACAACUGCAACAACAACAACAACUACAACUGCAGCAGCGAUUUAGAGGCGCCACGAUACACAAUGUGCCACAGGCAGCAACAAGAGCAACUCGAGCAACGGCAGCUGAAGUAGACGAAGCGUCGUUAAAGGAUUGUUAGCACAGCAACGUCAAAUCCCAAGCAAUCGCAGUAUCGUUGCUGCUUCUCCUCCUCCUGCGCCUUUCCUCCGCUACUCACUCCCCCCGCAGCACUCUCAGUAUGCCAUCAAUUGCCAACAUCAGUGUGAGUGCCAGGACAAUGGUCAACAUCCUGCCUGGCCAGGAUGCGCGUCUCGGCUACAUUGUAAAUCAAGUCACAGCCGCCGCCGCCGCCGCAUCCGCCUCCGCUUCAGUGUCCACCUCCACCUCCGCAUCCCCGUCCACGCCUCUGCCCACAUUUAGUCCGCCACGCAUCGAGAGCUUGGUGGCCAGCUCAGCGGAGCAGGAUUUGGCCAGCUUUGGGGAUGUGACAUUCGACAUCUUCGAUGACGAUGACGAUUUGUUUGGCUCGCCCAUGGCCUUCGAUGCCAGCGAACAAGGACUGUGGAAUGGACGCUUUGUUCCGCCGCCCCCGCGUCCCCCGUUCUUUGUCGACGAACCCGUGCUGAGCGAUGGCCUAACCACAUGUGAUUUAUGCUCCUGGGCCAUGCCCACCAAGAGCACAUUCAUGUUCGAGGGCACGAUAGAGAAAGCCAGCGAAUUGGGCUGGCCGCUGACGUUGAUCAUUGUGUCCGUGUUGUCGGCGCUGUUCGGCGCCAUCAUCAUGAUUGCCGUGGUGCGCUGCAGGCGCAAAAAGAGCUCCAACAAUCGCAAUGACACUCAUGUGCAGUGGUGGUCGCGCAACAAACGCGCCCACGGCAACGGGGCGGGCGGCACGGGUGGCAGUGGCAGCGGAGCGCCGAUUGCCGGCAGCAGUGCGCACAAUAACAACAAUCAUCUGAGACGCAGCAACAUCUACACAGCGCACCCGGCGGACAGCAUACGUGGACUGCAACCGUUGCCGCUGCCGUUGCCACUGCCAAUGCCAAUGCCGUUGCCAAUGCCGCCCACGCUGCCGGCCACAUCGUCCACAUCAAUGUUGUCCGUGUCGCCAGCAGCAGCAGCAGCAACACUAGGCCAACAGCAGCAGCAGCAACAGCAGCCAGCACAUUAUUUCCAUUCAUAUCAUCAUCAUCAUCAUCAUCACGCACCGCCGCCGUUGCCGUCGAUGUCGUUGCCACAUUACCCGCAUGACUGCGACGAGGAUGCUGCCUAUGAGGAGCCCGAGUAUCAUCAGCCACAGCAACUACACAGCAGCUCCACCAACAGCAACAGCAACUCCAUGUCGUCGGUCACGUCAUCGCCAGCGCCCACUGAGACGAACCAUUGGCCGCAGGCCGGCACCAUGGUGGUCGCCAGCUGAGAGGCAGCUGACGAGCCGUGCAGCAGCACUUGGUCGCAGCGUCCGCGACGCAGCAGCCUGAGCAGCGGCUGGAUUUGGCAGUGACAUGUUGCACGGCAACAAAGCAACAGCAAAAGCAAAAGCGGCAGCCAAUGCCAAAGCGAAAGCAUCGUUGUCUACUUAAAAUGCGGCUCACAAAUUCUGGUGCAGAUCAUAAAAAGGAUUACACGUAACAUUUUGUGAAGUUUAUUUUGUGUGUGUGUGUGUGUCAGUGUGAGUGUGGCAAACGGAAGCAGUCCAUAAGGAUGCACACGCUUACUAUCUAUACUAUAUACUAUAUACGAUAUAUAUGUAUAUCGCUUGUGUGUCUGCAAUUGGGAAAACCGAAACGAAUUUAGUGUCACUUCCACUUCCGUUUUGCAAACUAUCGAAAACCAAAAGCCCGCAGACAGACGAAGCUAACAGCUAACGAGGGACACAGCGAGAGAGGGGCAAAGUGGGGUAGGGGAAUGAAGAGGGAACAUCAUGCUCUUUACAUGCCUGGCACGUUUUAUCCUUUAUUGCCGUUCGGCAUUAGUACAGGGAUUUUGUCAGAUUAAAGCAAAUAAAAGGCGUGCUUUUUGUUUUCCAACCGGCAACUGCCGGCUUUGCUGC